UCCAACAUUGUUCCGCGCGAGUUAGCAGGCUGGCUCGCGCCCGCACCACAAGAAACUUUUAAAACCUCGCGUGUAUUUUUUAAAAACUUUCCACAAACUCAGGAUUAUGAGAUUAAUCUCACUCUAACGGGUCGCACGGAGGAGUUUUAUUCCAUUUUCAAUGGGAGUUUGGUGUGACGUGAAGUUCUUUCCGCAGCUUCAUUCCCAACAGGUCACGGGGAGUUGGGGCAGGAUGGACGUCUGCAGCGUGAUUGGAUCGGAUUAAUCUGACGCUCCUCUCGAUGUGGACUGUGUGGAGGUGAAACCAUGGCGACAGGUUGGAGGAACGAUGAGGAUGAGGCGGGGUACGGCGUUACCACCCUGCUGUGUGAGGACGUGUGUGAGCAGGCGGAUCCUCUGGCGUCCAUGUUGCAGGGGGAAGACGAGGCGUUCUCGUGGCCCGGCCCGAAGACGGUGCGGUUACGGCGGACGAACCAGGGCUUCGGCUUCACGCUGCGUCACUUCAUCGUCUACCCGCCAGAAUCCGCCGUACAUUCCACUUACAAUAAGGACGAGGACGCGGAUCACAGAGGACGAGCGAGGAACAGACUGGAGCCCAUGGACACCAUCUUUGUGAAGCAGGUUAAGGAGGGGGGGCCUGCACACGGAGCCGGGCUCUGCACAGGAGACCGCAUCGUGAAGGUGAACGGAGAGAGCAUCAUCGGGAAAACCUACUCGCAGGUCAUCGCUGUCAUCCAGAACAGUGACACUUAUCUGGAGCUGAGCGUGAUGCCUAAGGAUGAGGACAUACUACAGCUGGCGUACUCGCAGGAUGCCUACCUUAAAGGUCAUGACGCCUACAGUGGAAACGCUCGCCACAUCCCUGAGCCUCCUCCCGUAUGUUACCCCCGAGUAGACUGUAAACCCCUCGGGAUGGCCGAGGCCACGGAAUCCACCGCCUCAGGGGCGUCAGAUUUGGGAUAUCGCGUGGAAAUUCCCGUACCCCCUUCGCCUCCGCCGAGGAUCCCGAAGACUCAGACGGCGGUGUGCGUGUGCAACGAGAGUGUCCGGACGGUCGUGGUGCCGGCGGACGUCCACGUGGGUCACGUGGUUCCAGGGGAAUACGCUCACGUGGGUCCGGAUCCUAUGCUGAUGCGAACGAGAUCGUACCUUCAUCCGCGCAAGCCCGACCUUUAUUCGCAAGGUUACCAUGGAGAUUCGUAUGCCGUCCCACCGCCUCGUUUUCUUCCGUCUUCUUCCAGCGUCUCUCCGGCUUCCCAUCAAAAUAUCGACUGGCGGACUUAUCAGACCUACAGGGAGUACAUCGACCACAAAGGCCUCCACGCGUACAGCCGGACCAUCCAGGAGCGCCUGGACAGCUUGCGUGCCGCCGCUGCCGCUUCUCAGACCUCUUCGAACUUUACGCAGAGUAAAGCCGCCUGGGGCAACAAUAAAAUUCGGCGCAGGAGUACGUCGCACGAACGGUCCUAUCAAGGACCCCCUAUGCUUCCUCCUCGCAGUGCCUCCCAGGAUCGGAUGACCGGGUUGGAAAGAGCGUCCCGAGCUCAAGACUGGCCUCCUCGGAGCGCCUCCUCAGACGGGAUCCUCCGGAACACCCGGUUUCAUUCCGUGGACUACCUCGAGCACGGUGACGUUCCUCUUUGGCCCGUCGAUCGGAGAGGUUACGUCAGGGCGGAGCAAGGACCCCGCCCCAAUCGGCAGCCCGUUCCCCAGAGACCCGUCGUGUAUCCGCGUUCCUACGGAAACGGCGUCCGAGAGAGAGCCAGUCCGCAUCAGCUGAGCUGUAGAACGGACAUCCCGCCCCCUGCGGUCACUUCAGACAGAAUUACGCGUGGCGCCAAAAAUCAGCCAAAGGAUUCGCAGGCGGGUAAAGACCAAAGACUUUUGAGUAAUUACGUUCCUGUUUCGGCGGCCGGGCAGCAAGCCAGGACUCGCGCCGAGACCCUGCAGAGUCCGGAGACGGUCAAAGAGGUGUCGGUGGGACAGAGGUCCACCUCCUGCUCUGUGCCCACGCCCCAGAGGCAGGCGCAACCUGGAGCGCAGAGGGCGCACCUGUGGGAUCUCAAGGGAUUACCGGUGAACGGGUGCAGCCCGGUGGAGGGCGUGGUGAUGCGAGAGAAACCCUCGGGGGGGAAGGGCACGCCGCUACGCCACCCGUCCUACAUCCAGGCGCAGGAGCAUCAAGACUCCCUGUUCGGCUCUUCUGACCUGAACGAAUCGCUCGACUCCAUCCCCUUCAUCGACGAGCCGGCGAGUCCGAGCGUGGAUCGGGACGCCGGUCACAUCCCUGCGUCGGCGGUGAUCUCCUCGGCUCAGAGUGUGACGGCCGACUCAGACACGCCCAGCCCUCAUCUGCGCAGACAGCUGUCUCACGACCAGGAAUCUCUCAGAAGUGCUAUUCUGGAGCAAAGUGGGAGCAAAACGGAGCGCUCCAAAUCGUAUGAUGAGGGUUUGGACACAUACAGGGAGGACGGCCGACGGCGUUCCAGUAAGCCCAGUCUGAAGGUCUUCAGGAGGGCUCUCGAUGGUCACAAGUCGUCAGAUGACUCGAGCUCCAGGAGAGACUCCAGCUCCGACAUCUUCACGGACUUCCGUAAGGAGGGCUGGCUGCACUUCCGUCAGCUCAACACCGACAAGAACAAACGUGUGGGUGGAGGCAUGCGAACAUGGAAGCAGAUGUACGCGGUGUUGCGGGGGAACUCGGUCUUCCUUUACAAGGACAGGAAGGAGGCUCACGUGCACUCGCAGCUGGACGACGAGCCGCAGCAGAUGAGCAUCAAGGCGUGUCUGAUCGACAUCGCGUACAGCGACACCAAGCGCAAGAACGCCUUCCGCCUCACCACGUCCGACUACAAGUACCUGUUCCAGGCCGAGAGCCGCGACGACAUGCUGUCCUGGAUACACGCCAUUCAGGAGAACAGCAACCUGGACGACCAGAACACCGGCGUAACGAGCACCGACCUGAUCAACAGGAAGAUCAAAGAGUACAUCUCUAUGAGCGCCCCUACGAGUAAGACGGAACCUUCACCGAAAGUUUUGCGACAGUCUCUGAGCAUCAAACACACACUGCUGGGGGUGGCGGGGGGCAGGAGUCAGAGCACACCCUCUCCCCGGAGCGAGCAGGACAGGAGCAGCAGAGACGACUCGAGUCCGCCGCGGGACAGAGCCACCUGGAAGAGAGGGAUCCCGGGGCUGAAGAAGAAGACGGCGCAGGAGAAGAAACCCGUGGCGGGCGUGACGUUCGGAGUGCGACUGGACAACUGUCCUCCUGCGCACAACAACCGGUUUGUGCCCCUAAUAGUGGACGUGUGCUGUAAGCUGGUGGAGGAGCGCGGGUUAGAGUACACCGGGAUCUACAGGGUCCCAGGAAAUAACGCCGCCAUCUCCAGCAUGCAGGAGGAGCUAGACACCAGGGGCGUGGCCGACCUCGACCUGGAUGACGACAAAUGGCGGGAUCUAAACGUGAUCUCCAGUUUACUUAAAUCGUUCUUCAGGAAGCUCCCAGACCCUCUGUUUACUAACGAGAAGUACUCGGAUUUUAUAGACGCUAAUCGGACGGAGGACGGCGUGGAGCGACUAAAAGUGCUGAAGAGACUGAUCCACGAGCUUCCUGAACAUCAUUAUGAAACCCUGAAGUUCCUCUCUGCACACCUGAAGACCGUCUCUGAGAACUGUGAGAAGAACAAGAUGGAGCCGCGUAACCUGGCGAUCGUGUUUGGCCCGACGCUGGUCAGAACCUCUGAGGACAACAUGACUCACAUGGUCACCCACAUGCCGGAUCAGUACAAGAUCGUCGAGACACUCAUUCAGCAGUACGACUGGUUCUUCUCAGAGGACGGAGAGGAGGAGCCUGUAGUGUCUGCGGAGCAGGAGAGCACGGUCCAGUCUCAGCCCGUCCCCAACAUCGAUCACCUGCUGAGCAACAUCGGGCGCACGGCGGCCUCUCCUGGUGACGGCUCAGAUUCAGCCACCAGUGACUCUGCCAGAUCAAAGCAGGGCUCCUGGGGCUCGGGUAAAGACCAGUACAGCAGAGAGCUCCUGCGCUCGUCCAUCUUCGCCAGUCGCAAGCGCAAAAAACCCAAAGACAAACCUCAGAUGAGCAGCUCGGAGGAAGACCUGGACGCCAGCUUCUCCAGGGCGGAGCUUCGGGACGUGAUCGCGCCGAGCGACAGGCGCAACGAGGAGGUCGAGAACGAGGCGCGAGUGCGUGAGCUUCUGGAGAAGUCCGACGACGUGGAUCAGAGAUCUGAAAAGAGCGUUGACGUCCGGACCGAGUUCAAAUCCGACAUUCUGCCCCUGAAACCGCCGCAGUUUGACGAGUCGACCGGCGAUUCCCAGAAAAAACACCGCACGCAGAGAGAGAGGGAAAUGCAGCGGCAGAAUUCGUUCUCGGAUCCGCCGUCGAUGUCGUACGACGAGGGCUGCGUCUCGGACCUGGGAACGCUGAACAGCACGAGCUCGCAGGCGUCCGGCCCCAGAGUCAGGAAGGGCAGGAUUCCGGCCCCCUGGAUGGAGAACGUCGGAGCGGAGGUGUGCUCCAUCACGUCGGACUACUCCACCACGUCCUCCAUGACCUUCCUGACGGGGAUCGAGUCCACCGCGCUGAGUCCGGCCCACGACGCCGACGACGAGCGGAGCGAGCUCAUCAGCGAGGGCAGAAACAUCGACUCGGACAGCGAGAGCAACUUGUCCGUGUUUGUACUCGCCAGAGACGACGGCGCGUCCGAUGACGUUUUAUCCGUGCGAGAAGGUGGCGGGGUCACACCCUUCCCGAGCUCCCCCGGCCUCCUGGUUUCGCAGCGUAUCGUCGCCGGCGACACACUAGCGCGAAAGAGAGGGAGUCGGCAAAAAACAGACAGCGAGUCGUCGACGGACGGUGACAAGGAGUCGAGGAUCUCCAAAAUGCUGGACGUAGUCAAGGCGAAAAACGGCGGCAGCGAGAACGAACCCAUGUGGCGGAUCAAAAUCACCGAUCGCCUCAAGUGUCGACUCCGAGCCUCCGCAGACGACAUGUUCGGCGUCGGGUCACAGCGCACGAGGUCCCCAGAGACGCGCAGCAAGCGUAAGACCAACAUACGGCGCCGGCACACCAUGGGCGGCCAGAGAGACUUCGCGGAACUCUCGGUCAUCACCGGGGCAGAGCUCUCCGCCAUGGACCGCCUGAAACCCAAGUGCAGCUCGCAGGACUUCUCCAUCACGGACUGGAUUGUCAGAGAGCGGCAUCGCACGAGCAACCCGGAGGUCAGCCUGGAGAAUUCGGACCUGUUCUCCUCCCGGGCCUCAGGGUCCAGUCUGGGGGUGUUAAACGGAGAGGCGGCGGCUCAGCUCAAGGGUUUCAGUCUGGCCUCCGACGCUCAUCCACACAAACUGUCCGGGGUGCAGGUGGUGCGAUCGCGCUUCUAUCAAUACCUGUGAACGGAUGGAUGGAUGGAUGGAUGGAAUUCUCAUAUGGACUUGUGUGUGUGUGUGUGUGUGUGUAAGGUACUUCAUACAGCGAGUUAUUUUUUUAUACGUCAUGAUGAAAAGUGAAGAAUGACGGUACUGACGCGGCUUCCUGUCAGUCAGGAGGAGGAGUGACAUGCCGUUUGUUCUUCUCCCUCUGACUCACAGUAGCGGCUUUUUAAAUAUUUCUGUCUCCGUCUAAAAAAAAAAAAAAAACUAAAUACGAUGAAUUCUGAUCCGACUCGAGGUCUCGGGUGAAGAGGAGUGUCUCUCACCGUUAGACCUGACGAAGCCCUGGUGUCGCUGGACGGGAUGACGAUCUCAUGAUUCCACUGGAGUAAAGCUGGGAGAGAGGGGGGCAGGGGGGGGGGGACGUCCUGAUGAUGAUGAUGGAGGGAGGGGGAUGGGGUGGUGAGAAUAAUGAUGGGGGAUGAAAGUGAUUUCUGCAAAGCUUUUCAAGACGACUUGUUCUCGCAAGUGUAAGAAGGUCUCAACCAAAAUGAAGAAUGUAUCUAAUCUCUAAUUUGUGCUGUUCCUCUUUUUAUUAUUUGUACAUAGCCUUUGUUUUAACUUACUUGAAAUUUCUGUAGUGUUUUUUUUUUUCUUUCUUUUUUUUAAAGUAUGUAAUUAAGACGCCUCUGAUUUUCUCUGUCAAGCGACCAUCAUCGAAAAAGGUAAAAAAAAAUCAAAGGAAAAUAAAUUCGGAAUGACAAUAAAUUCCCGGUGCUAAUUCCCACCUCUGUUUCCUGGUGGCGCUGGUAACUCAUUUCCAUUCAGCUCCAACAGAGGGCGCUGUUUUGCCUUUUAAAGCGAUAUUGUUACUUUUAGUUUUUUAGCGUAAUCUCCGUCUCCGCUGCACGGUUCAGACUAAAUCAGAAACGUUUCCCUGCGUCGAGAAACAGAUCGAUGUGCUGGAUGUACACCACUACAGCCUCACACAGCGUGAAAGCUGAUUGUUCUCCGUCUGCACCCGACGCAGAGCCCCGAUUUUACCCACUUUUUAAUUUAGAUUUUUCACAAUUCUGUGCAAAUACGUAUGUUUGCACACAAAGCUACACAAUCUCAGAUUCAGUUUCACAUAAAAAUGGAAAACAACUUAACAGUAUAAACAUUUACAACCUGCUGUUAAAUGUGUAGAGGACGUAGCGGAGCACGCUGGUGCCCCUAGUGGGUGGACGGAGCAAGUACAGUUAGCACAAUUUCCUAAUCUUAGGAGUGUGCACCUUAAAAUCAGCUGAUAAAAAAAAAAACAGGUAACGCCCACAAGUGAUCAACUGUAAGUGACAUAAAAAAAAAAACAGCUGGCGUUUUAACAAAAGUUUACCAAAACACAUUUGUGUUAAAGUUUAUUCUAUAACAAUAUUAUUGAAACUGAAACUCCGGUUUGUUUCUCAUCGUGAGGAAAUGUGACGCAUUCCUCGAUCACUCGGAGAUCGUUUCCCUCCGCGCAGCAGCGAGGCUUUAGUUCUCUUAGAACCUCAAAACCUCAGCGCCUCGGCGUCUCUUAAAGUCUGG